UCUUCUGGGUUAUAUGUGAUCUAUUAUCUGGUUUUGAUAAGGUUACAAAUUAAUCUUUAACUACUCCCUUGCCUCAAAGUUCAUACACAUUGGUCUGUCACUCCUAAAAUGACUCCAGCAACUGCCACUCCUGCAACGACUUCUCUUCCCGAAACAAAUGGGAAGUUUACACUGGAGGUUCCCGAUAUCAUAGUCAUUGUCGUCUAUUUUGUUUUUGUCCUUGGUGUGGGAAUAUGGUCUUCCAUCCGAGCGAAUCAGGGAACGGUGGGGGGGUACUUUCUGGCCGGGAGGUCCAUGACAUGGUGGCCCAUUGGAGCUUCACUUAUGUCCAGUAAUGUGGGCAGUGGCCUGUUCAUCGGUCUCGCUGGUACUGGGGCCGCCGGAGGUAUUGCUGUGGGUGGAUUUGAGUGGAAUGCAUCCUGGGUCCUCAUUGCUUUGGGAUGGAUCUUUGUUCCUGUCUACAUCUCCGCUGGCGUGGUCACGAUGCCAGAGUACUUAAGGAAGAGGUUUGGAGGGCAGCGUAUUCGAAUAUACCUGUCAGUCCUCUCUCUCAUACUCUACAUGUUCACCAAGAUAUCAACAGACAUCUUCUCUGGAGCCUUGUUCAUUCAGGUGUCUCUGGGAUGGGACUUGUACCUUUCCACAGCAGUGCUCCUCAUAGUGACCGCAGUCUACACUAUAGCAGGAGGCCUGACGGCAGUAAUCUACACAGACGCCGUGCAGACUGUCAUCAUGGUGAUAGGAGCCCUGACUCUCAUGUUCAUAGCAUUUGACAGAGUGGGCUGGUAUGAAGGUCUGCUGGCGCAGUAUAAGGUGGCAGUACCCAGCCUCACAGUGCCCAACACCACCUGCCACCUCCCUCGCCCUGAUGCUUUCCAGAUGUUCAGGGACCCCCUGACUGGAGACCUGCCCUGGCCCGGCCUGAUCUUCGGCCUCACGGUGCUGGCCACCUGGAACUGGUGUACUGACCAGGUCAUAGUUCAGAGGUCGCUCUCUGCCAAGAACCUGUCUCAUGCCAAAGGAGGUUCGGUGCUGGGCAGCUACUUGAAGAUGCUGCCAAUGUUCUUCAUCGUGAUGCCAGGCAUGAUCAGCAGAGCGCUCUUUCCAGAUGAAGUCGGCUGCGUUGUUCCUGAGGAGUGCAAUAAGAUAUGCGGUGCCACCGUGGGCUGCUCCAACAUUGCCUACCCAAAACUCGUGGUCAAUCUCAUGCCAGUCGGCAUGCGGGGACUCAUGGUUGCAGUGAUGAUGGCCGCCCUCAUGUCCUCGCUGACCUCCAUCUUUAACAGCAGCAGUACGCUCUUUACCAUGGAUAUAUGGCAGCGCAUCCGCCGCCGGGCCUCUGAGCGUGAGCUGAUGAUUGUGGGCAGGGUGUUCAUCUUGGUGCUGGUGGUGCUGAGUAUCCUGUGGAUCCCUGUAAUCCAGUCAGCCAAUAGCGGCCAGCUCUUCGACUACAUCCAGGCCAUCACCAGCUACUUGGCCCCGCCCAUCACCGCCGUGUUCCUCAUGGCCAUCUUCUGGAAACGUGUCAACGAACAGGGGGCCUUUUGGGGCCUGAUGACAGGGCUGGCCGUGGGAUCUGCCCGAAUGAUCACCGAAUUUGCAUACGGCUCGCCAUCCUGUGGUGAAGAGGACCGGCGCCCCGCGCUCCUCAGGGACGUGCACUACUUGUACUUUGCUCUCAUCCUGCUCGCAGUCACUGCCCUGGUCAUUGCUGCAGUUAGCCUCUGCACCCCAGCCAUCCAUGACCAACAUCUUGUUCGUCUGACUUGGUGGACAAGACACAGUCAGGAAGAGCGCGUCGAACUUGAAGACCCCUGGUCACCGUCAAUAGCACCUGAACUCAAGACACGGGACACAUCGGCGCACGCUGCAGAGACUGCCCCCUGCUGGAGGCGGGCAGGCCUGUGGCUGUGCGGCCUGUCUGAACAAAGCCAGCCAGACCUCAGCCCUGAAGAACGGCUGGCUUUGGAGAAGAAACUCAGCAGCAUCAGGGAGGAGCCUGUCUGGAAGAAAGUGUGCGACAUCAACGCUCUCAUAUUACUUACUGUCAAUGUCUUCCUCUGGGGCUAUUUCGCCUAACAUCAUGGUCUAUAUUUUAUAUCAGGCAGAAACAACAGACAGCUAUGCAUUACUGUUUUUUUAAAGAAUGGUGAACAUGAACCAUUAACAAGGCAUUCUGCAUAGAUGUAUUAAAGCAUUUCAUGAAGCUGUGAA